ACGUGUUCUUGUGUACUCUUUAUAAGAAAAUCAGCUGAGCCCUCAUAACACAGGCCAAACAAAAGAUUCUCAAAAAAUAUCAAAAGAAAAGAAACAAAAUAUCUUUGGACAGAAUACUGUCAUGGCGGCUAAACAGAAUGCGGAAAGAGCCCGUACUAAGAAGUACCAGGAAAGAGACUCGAGAAAAAGCGUAAGGCAGAUUAUAAAGAAGUUGAGGGCAGAGAUGGAGGAAAUCAGGGCGGAGGUGGAUCUGAUCCGUCGGAGACAAAAGCAUUUCAAAGGCAAAAGUUUGUUCCAAGGGGAUAAACAUCGAUUUGAUAAACGGCUUAGGAAAGAAGAGAAGACUCUCCAGAGGAUGGAAGCAAAAGCAGCAGAGGCCAGAGCCGAAACCAGCCGCACGAGAGAGGAAACAGCGGCUAUGGUAGAAGUUAUGGACGAUAAAAAGGCUGAACUGGAGCUUUUGAGGGUGCUGCAUAUUCACCUUUUCAAUGAAUUGGUUGUUCUCUCGGACACAGAGCAAGAGGGUAUGGAGAUCCUACUUUCCUAAAGCAGGGGACUGAAAUAUUGAAAGUUAUACCACCAGGCUCUGCUAUAUCCUGGGUUCUGUUUGGCCAAAAAAUAAGAAGUCCUUAGUUUCUGCUUUAUCUGUUUAUGAUAUUUUUCCUUCAUAAAUCAGCAUCUCUUCUGUUCGUCUUAGUAAGGUUUCAAUAUGUCUGUUCUGUUUGGCCAGAAAAGAAAAAAUCCCCAGUCCC